AUGGUGAAUGCAUGUAAGAGAACUGUACUGCUGAAAGGAUUAGAGCCCAUCAGUGAUUAUCAUUUCAGCAUGGUUAAGUCUUUACUGGCCGAUGAUUUAAAACUGACUACAAAAACUCAAAAAGAAUAUAAUAAAAUUCAGAUUGCUGACUUGAUGGCAGUAAAGUUCCAAGGAGCUGCCUGUGUUGUCAAACUGAUAGAAUUGUAUAAACACAUAGGAGAACUCAAAGAACUUGUUAAAAUUCUUAAAAAUGAAAAGUUAAAAGUUGCGAUGAAAAUGAGAAAAAAAGUAUUAACUCCUUUGGAAAGGAGAAGUCAAGAAGCAGCAGGUGCUGCUACACCUGCACCCACCACAAGUGGAGAUCUGACAUCUGAAAGAGCAGAGGAGACUCCUGUGGCUCAGAAAAGAAAAAACACAACCAAAGAAAAUACUGGAACAAAAAGGAAUAAGGUGACCCAGGAGCAGAUUCCCUAUCCUUCAGUAGCCAGCUUAUCUGCAACCAUGGGCGGUCCACCAUCUCUCCAGAUCUCAUCAUCAACUCCAUCCUCCACUUCAUUAACUGAGAAUCAGAUAAUGUAAAUCCAAUGCCAGGUAGCUGCCAGAAGGAAUGUUCUUCCAAAGGGCCCAAUGACAGUGAUGAUACUGAAAGCAACAGAGCCAUUCUAAUAUGACUCCCCAGAAAAGGGAAAAAACACAAUUUUCAUGCUACUGUGGGCUAGUGUGAUUUUUUCCAAGUGAAGGUUUUAAUUUUUCCAAGUGAAGGUUUUAAACACCAACUUGAAAGAGAAAUUCACACAAAAAAAGAUCAUUGCCAUAUCAGAUUACUUUGAAUGGAAAGGAAUCCUGGAGAUAAAUGAAGCAUCACCUGUGUCUGAAGCUGGUAUUGAUCAAAAGAUUGAGGUCCCUAACAACAUUAUCAAAAGAGCAAAUGAAACUCCCAAGAUUGAUAAUCUUUACAAGCAAGCAUCAGGAACAUUUGUGUAUGGGUUGUUUGUGUUACAUCAGAAAAGAGUGAAUAAGAAGAACACAAUCUAUGAAAUACAGGAUAAUACAGGAAGGAUGGAUGCAGUGGGGAUUGGAAAAGGGCACAACAUCAAGUAUGAGGAAGAUAAACUUCAACUCUUCUGCUUUCAACUGAGAACAAUAGACCAGAAGCUGAAACUGACAUGUGGAGAUCACAGUUUCAUUGAGGUGGGAACUGGAUGGAGGAUCAUUAAUUUGCCAAAGAGGCAAAUAAUUUAGUUUAGGUUAUGAGAGUACUAGAUCCUGUUUUCUUACACAGAGAGUCCAGUAGGUGGGAGGAGAACACAAACAAUGCCCUUGCAUUCACUUGUAAGUGGAGGAUUAUUAAAAAAGAUAUUAAAGAAAUAACAUCUAUAUAGGUU